AUUGGUACUAAAAGAAAAUCCACAAGGGACUCGAAAGUGAUUUCCGACACAGUAUUCUUCACUUUCGCUUUCACUUUCACUUUCACAUGUUCUUAAAAAUCCAAUCUUUAUUCCCAAAAACACAACUGGCUCUGCCUCUCUCUCUCUCUUCCACUCUCAUCAGUUCUUCUUUCUCUCUCUUCAUUCAGAAUAUAAACCAAUAAAGUCAAUCCCUUUUCAUCUGGGAAAAAACUCCCACACUCAAAAAAAUCCUUCUCUGUAUAUAAAAAAUGGAACUUGUUCCAUACUCAGAACCAAAUUCAUCAAACCCAGCGUGGCAAGACAUGUUCAGAUCAGCCUCAAUUCGAAAACCCUCACCAACACCACCAUCACACGCGCCUCCCUCGACGGCGCGUGGUAAAGACUCACCGGAAACAGUCACCGACCCAGAUGGCAGAGCCACCCUCUCCGGUGAUCCCCAGGUACGACUCGCGCUAUACAUAGCCAUGGCACACGCUGGCUUGGCUUUCACUAUCUUCAUUCUGUUUGCGGUUUGUAAGCUUCUAGAAGAAUAUCUCAGACCCAUUCAAUGGGCUGUACUCUGUUCAAUUCCCUUAAGGGGAAUUCAACAAACCCUAGAAGCAUUUUGGAUUGAGCCAUUGAAUUUGGGGUUGACAGAAACUGUUCUAGCAAUUCCAGUAGCUGUUUUUAGGGUUUUUGUAGGUACCCUUGUUGAGGUUAGGGAAGUUGCUGUUCAAAUUCUGUUGAGAAAACCCAAAUCAGCUCACCCGAAAAGGCGAAGAGGCGCUUUUUCGAAGCUUUUAAGGUGGCUUGUGUCUUUUUGGGUGUUCAUUAUUGCUUAUGAGAGUUUUGGUGGAAUUGGGUCAUUAGGGAUUGUUGGAUUGGGUUUUGUGUUUAGUGCUAAAACAGUUGAUUCAACAAUGUCAACAGUUACUUCUUUUAGAAGUGUUAGUUUUCCUCGUAGUAGAAUUAGUGCUUUUUUCACAAGAGGGUUGUUGAGAAAAUUGAAAACAAUAGUUGGAAUUGGUUUGAUUAUUGGUAUGAUUUUGGGGUUUUUGUUUGGUGUUACAUUUUUCUCUUAUAAGAUUGGUGUUGAAGGUAAAGAUGCUGUUAUUUCAUUGAAAUUACAUGUUGAAGAGAGUAAUUAUGCUGAGAGAAUUGGUGUUAAGAAAUGGAUGGAAGAUAAUGAUUUGCCUGGAAUGGUUGAUAAGUAUAGUACUAAAGCAUAUGAGACUGUUUCUGAACAGAUUGAUACUUUAGCAAUGCAGUAUAAUUUAACCGAAUUCGUUACUGGGAUUAAGCAUUUCGUUAUUAAACGCCAGACUAAUUCAUCAGCGCCUUCAACCGCUCUGAUGAGUCCUUCCUCGCCUUACACAGAGAAACUUAUGAGUUUAAGGACUCGAAUUGGUAACCGAGAAUGGGGACAGAUUUACACGGAAAUGGAUGCGAUAAUUCGAGAAUUUAUCAUCACUAGAGAGGAUUUGGUAGAAAAGGCAAAAGGGUAUGCUGUAAAAGGCGCUGAUGUAUCUCAACGUGUGCUCGCUAGUAGCACAUCGGUUCUAGGAAGCAGCGCGAAAUUCAUGUUUUCCAUAGGAAAUUCGAUCAUAUCUGGAGCUGCUGAGGUUUUCAAUUUCUUGUCUCAGUCAAUGGUGUUCUUUUGGGUUUUGUAUUACCUAAUCACAACCGAAUCAGGUGGUGUGACUGAGCAAGUUAUAUGUAUGCUUCCAAUAUCGAAAUCAGCUAGAGAAAGAUGUGUUGAGGUUCUUGAUCAAGCUGUUUCGGGUGUACUUCUAUCUACAGCUGAGAUUGCAUUUGUUCAAGGAUGUCUUACAUGGCUUUUGUUUAGACUAAUUAAGAUACAUUUCUUGUACAUGUCAACAGUUCUUGCAAUCAUUAGCUCUCUGUUACCGAUUUUCCCAUCUUGGUUUGCAACAAUUCCAGCUGCUCUGCAACUCGUGCUCGAAGGUAGAUACAUCGUGGCGAUAGUCUUGUCUAUUGUUCACCUUUUCCUUAUGGAUUAUGGUGCAUCCGAAAUUCAAGAGGACAUACCUGGCCAUAGUGCUUAUCUCACUGGUCUUAGCAUCAUUGGUGGAAUGACAUUGUUUCCCUCUGCAAUAGAGGGUGCAAUAAUGGGGCCUCUGAUAACCACAGUUGUGAUAGCUCUGAAGGAUUUAUAUGCUGAAUUUGUUCUUGAAGAACCUAAGAAAAAAGAAAGCUAAUAAAUAUCCAUCCAAAAAAAAGUAUCAAUUUAUUAUUAUUUGUUUGCAGCAAUAUUUGGAUUGCAAGCACAUUAUUCUUUCCACCUUUUUUAUUUUUAAUUUAUGCUUGAAAAGUGAUUCUAUUCUUCUCUACUCUACAUAAAUGAGAUGGUAUGUGUUUAUUAAUUAAUCAAAAUCUUUAUAUAAUGUAUAAAAAAAAAAAAAAAGCAUAUCAUUAGCAUCUAGAGUUGCUAAUAGGGUAUCUUUCUUUUUUGUUUCUUGUAAUAUUUAGAUGAGUUAUAAGUUAUUGUAUUAUCUUAUUUUUGCUUGGGUGGGUUGUUGUAAGAGGAAAUUAACUAUUAAUAUUGUACAUUCUUGCUACUCAUAUAAAGAUUUGGUUACUUUUUUGUAAGUGUAUAAA